CUUUUUUUUUCCUUUUCCCUUUUUCUUUCUUUUCAAACAACCCUUUGCGGAACAGCCAGUGUUUUCUGUCUUGAGUGGCUUUUGGUUGCACACACACACACACUCUCUCACUUACAUUCACUUCUCUUCUUUUCUCCUGUAUCUAUUGUUCGGCCCUGGUGCCCUGUUGUUGUCCCUGUGGAAAACGACCUUCUAGUUUCAAUCAUCCUUUGUACAUUCCAACUUUCCUUCACUGUUAAUUGCUGAACUCUUUUUUUCUUUGUUUUGUUUUUUGUUGUCAAUAUACCCUUCCAUUCACCUCAUUCAACCACUUGUAAUAUAUAUUAUACCCUAUGCCUAUACGUGGUGUGACUGAGCAUAUACGCACGAAAUGGCGACGCUCAUCUACCAAGUUAGAUUCUCCUGUGGUGGCCACACCUUCGCCCGGGUCGCCUUCCGGGCGGAGUGAAGAACCGCCCAAAGCGCCGCCUAAUUACGCUCCCAACCCAGACGGCCAGCUUCACGGUAUUGGUGUUUACACAUUUCUGCACGUGUUGGGAGACGGCAAAUUUAGUCGAGUCAUGCUGGCCCAACAUUAUCUGACCAUGGAAAAGUUCGCUGUCAAGGUCAUUGAUAAGCGGGUCCAUGAUUAUCGUGUCAUGUCACGAUUGGUACGUGAAAUCGCAUUGAUGGAAGUCCUCGAUCAUCAAAAUAUUGUCCACCUAUAUGAAACGUACGAAACCGCCGAUUCACUAUUUCUCGUGAUGGAAUAUGUGCCUGGUGUCAAUCUGGAUGAACACUUGCAACACUCAGGGGGCCAAUUACAAGAAACGGAAGCCAGAGCCAUUUUUCGACAAAUCGUUGCCGCAGUGGAUUAUUGUCACAGCCGAUGGGUAGUACAUCGCGAUCUCAAGGCGCCCAAUAUUCUAUUGAUGCCGAAUGGGGAAGUUCGUUUGGCCGAUUUUGGUUUGGGGAAUCGGUUUGGCAUGCAUCGCCUGAAAACCAUCUGUGGUUCGAUGCUCUACUACAGUCCCGAAAUUAUCAGUGGCCAAAAAUAUAUUGGUCCCGAAGUGGAUUGUUGGUGCCUUGGUAUCUCAUUGUUUCGCAUGACAGCUGGAUUUGAACCGUUUGCUCACGCACGGACUGUCGGAGAGUUGAAAAAGGAUGUGUUGAGCCGCAACUAUCCGAUGCCUCCCCACCUGAGUGAGCCACUGAAACGGACCAUUCAAAAAUGUCUUGCGGUUGACAGACGACAACGGAUGGGGGUGCGCCAUACACUGAAAGAUGAUCCCUGGUUGAAUGAUGAUGGAAAAUUGGAAGAUCUGUUUAAAGAUAAAACGACGAUUUCGUAUGUGGAUGAUGCUUCCAGUGUCAAUAAUGAUAUGGAUAACAGCAAUCGAUCACGGCUGGAAAAGGAGCGAGCACGUAGUCAAUUCAUCCGCGAUAUGCAAGAAGAACAACGGAGAGGUUAUCGUGUGAAAAAAACCGUCAUAUAUCAUCCGUACAAUGCAUCCAUCUAUUUCACCAAUGGCAUCGCCCAUUCCCGUGAUACUGAAGAAAAUUUUGAAACGUAUGAACUGAUACGGCGAGAUUUGUUCCAUGAAUUCAAGCUGUUAUUACAACAGGUGCACCUUCAACCCAUGCGAAACAUGCCGCUAAGCGAUCUGAAAUCCCCGAUUCAGCAUAUCCUACGUAAAUUCAAAAGAACCUCUCAUGAAAAGCAGCUACGUCGAUCCUCCUCUGCUUUGAAUUUGUCGCAACUGUAUCAACGGGUGACCAAGGAUCAGGUGUUUUAUUACACCAUCCAAUCCAAUGUUUGCGCAGUAUCAUCCACCACUGUUGUCUCUGGAUGUUCCUCCCAUUCCAUGUCCACAUUUUCGGUCGAUAACCGCAUGCCUUCCGUGACCACCACCAAACCUCGCCUUCCGCACCUUGCCACCCAGCAGCAACGCGAUGAAUAUGAAUUGUUGCUUAUUGUUUGUUCCGCCUGCGAAUUUCUGGGCGUCAGUUACAAGCACGAAUCCAAAUCACGACUUGCGUGCUUGUUAACCUUGCGCGAUUACACGGUGCAACGAAAACGAGCGUCACAGGUGUAUUCUCUCAUUUCCCGCAGCACAAGUUCCAAUGUGACUAACAUCUCGGUGCCUUCGUUGGCGCCCACCCAUCGACAAUUGUCCAGUGACGCGGUUUCCUACGCCAGUUAUUCCGAUAAAAUCAGUGAAGGAAGUCAAACCCACUGGUGGGCAAGACAGAUGAAACGAUUAUCGCUUCCCAUUCAAUCGAGCCCUUGGUCCAAUACGAUCCAUUUAUCGUCGACGGCAUUACGUAGUAACCUACCCAUGGGUGGUCAUGAGCGAUUGUCGAGUCAGCAACAUCAACCAUCACGAUCUUCAACAGCGGGUAAUAAAGCCACUACCCCCAGUGAUGAAGGCACGACAUUGUUUAUGAUUGAAGUAUUCUCGGUUCCUGCCACCAAAACUUCUACGAGAAUCGUUGGUCUACGAUUCUCGAAAAUGAAAGGAUCUUCCAAAGCGUUUAAACUGGCGACAGGAUGGAUUAGCUGCGCGUUAGCUUCCAAUAACGAAUCAUCCGAAUAGGUGACGACUCGUUAUCACAAGAUGACGCAUGUUAUUUUACAAUCAUUUUUGCAUACAAUUAUUAUUAUUUCUUACGUAACGUCCUUUGUACAUUCAUACAUCGAUAUCCUCUUUCUCACCACCGCUGACCAUUUCUUCUUAUAUUGUAUCAUAGCUUUUUCUUUCAGUAGAUGAGUGCGUAUGGGAAUUUACUUGACUUUUAUCAUGAUCCUCGUUUCUUUGAUAUAAAAGUACUCAUCAUUCGUUGCUCUCAAGCGAAGUUGUAUGUCUCAUAACUCUCUUGCAAGCCACACCCCAUUUCCUCAACUGACAAAUAAACAGUUACCCUUCCAUGGGAC